AGGGGAGGGAACAGAGUGAGCGAGCCAGUGGCAACAAAAGAGCCAACAGCGUGAAGGUCUUAAGAGAAAGGUACGGCGGCGGCUCAGGACCACGUUGAAGAACUCCAGGAGAGCACCAAGAAGAAGCCUGAAGAUGUCCAAGGCGCUGCUGAGGAGAAAUUCCAGCAAACAAAGUCUGCAGAACCUCAUCAGGUUGACAGCGCAGAGGAGCGUGGAGGACGCCGAGGAAGUGGAACGCGAACGCAGGAGACGUGCCCGAGAGCAGCCGUGUCACAGCAACGGCGAGGCGGACUACGCCGCCGACAACCUCGCCGUAUUCGACGGCGGGCCAAAGCCUGGCGGCUCACCGGCGGUGGAGGAGGACGAAGGCUUCAGCGAUUGGACGCAGCGCAGACAGCAGAGAAGCCAUCAGCGGUCGGAGCCGAAAGACAGCGCCGCCACCUCCAGCACGUCUUCUUCUUCUUCAUCCACUGGCGUCCGGUGCGAAGCGGAAGAUGACGACGGUGAGUCAAGGCUGGAGACGGACGCCAGUCAGGUCUCAUCCACAUCCAAAGCUUUCCUUCUCGAAGAUUCCGAAGCGGUGGGCGCCCAACAGGAAGUGACAUCACUAUCCAGCAACCAAUCAAAGAGCAGGAACGGCCAGACGGACGCUGUCUUGGAGGCGGAGCGUCGCCUGGAGAAGGUCCGGCUGGGCCUCCAGGAGAAGGAGAGCCAGGAGCUGGAGGAGCUGAAGCGACGACACGCCCGAGCCGAGCAAGAGCUGGAGGAGCUGGCCAGGAGGAAAGAGCAGAGGAGCCGUCUGCGAAGCCAGGAGGAACGACGACGGCAAGACGAGCAACGGCAACGCCUCGCCAAGGAGGAGGAGGAGCGGUGCCGAAUGAAGGAGGAGAUGGCGAGGAGGCGGACGGAUGCCGCCCAGAGGGUGAAAUUGUUGAGCAGUGGCGACGCCGACCAGGUCUUCAGUCCCGUCAAGACGCCUACACACAAAAUCACAGAGCGGACCGAGUCCCUCAGCCGCUCGCUCAAGAAAAGUAACAGUUUCAAAAAGACGCCGGCGCCCGUCCUCGUCAACAACAUCGACGACAAGAAGGAGCAGUAUGCGCACGCUGUGGAGAACUCUCAGGAAGCGCGAGGCUCCAAGGCCCCGCUGGUGGACCUUCCCAACUCUCUGGAGGCCGUCACCUCCAAGAAGAACUUGUUUGAGGGGCGGAGCAGCGGCACCCCCAAGACAACCUCCUGUCAGGUAAGCGAGGCCCGAGGCCUCCCUAAGCACGCACGCCGGCCUUUUCGACUCACAAUAUCGACCAAUCAGGUGGCCGUGACCCACUUGGUCAGCCAGUGGGCAAAGGGCCAAGCGGAUGUCAAGAGUGGAGAUGUCAUGCAGAAGAAGAACAUGUGGGAGGUGAUUGGAGAUUCAUCAGGGAGGUCCACCGCAAAUAUCAAGGGCUCGGCAGCAGCGAGUAAGAAGUACACCUUCGUGGUGACGGGCCACGGCAAGUACGAGAAGAUCUCCGUGGACCUCGCCACCAACGGAAAGUCCGAUUUGUGCGAUUCCUGAUGCGGUCUUCAGCUUGGAGCAAGAUUGACACGGAAGCAAGCCUAAGCUAUUAACCAUCAGCUGCACUUGUGACAUGUGGUGUACGUCUUUGUUGCCGCCGUGCGCCAUCACUUCCCGUUUGCUGCUGAUGUCACCUUGCAGUCAUUGAGGCCUUUUGUUGUUGUGCGGCCCUUUUGUAAGUCCGUUAAACUUGGUUUUCUGCUACGACUAUUUUGCUUUUUUGAAAGGCAUUUUUUCAAGAAUAAAGUUUUGCCAGGUUUUCAAUUUUGGGGUGGUGAUACAUUUUUAAAGCUGUACUUUCUCAAUAUGAAAAAAAUGGCAUUUUAUGGGAAUAAAAUAAAAUUCGAUUUCUUUUUGUCAAA